CGUAAUUCUGCUGUCCGGACACUUUUUCAAAUACUUGGAAGCCAUGGGCAAAAACUUUCAAAUAGGAUUUGGGAGAAUUGUCUGUGCAAUUAUGUUUUUCCUACACUUGAUUGUGCUUCUCACAUGGCGGCUACCUCAUCAAAAGCUGAAUGGCAAGGAAAAGAGCUUGGAACACGUGGAGGAAAAGCGGUUCAUAUGCUCAUACACCAUAGCCGGAAUACUGCGCAGAAACAAUGGGAUGAGACACUAGUUCUUGUGUUGGGUGGAAUUGCACGCGUUUUAAGAACCUUUUUCCCAUUACUCGGAAAUAUAAGUAAUUUUCAAUCAGGUAAAUUUUCUAUUCUUUUAAUCUUUAUUCUUUUUAAACUCAAAAUGUACUUUGAGUUUCACUUUCUUGGAUAAUGAAUGAUGUUGUGGCACNAAAUUGCUUGCAUUCCACCAUAGUUUCACAGUCUCCUAAGGUAAUAACUACUGGCCUUUCUGAGGACGAGGAGUGCUCAAAGGGUCAUUGCACCACACUUUCUUAUGAAUAGAUGGUACCUAUUUAUUUUAAGACUAGCUGUGUCCUUAAUGAAUAGGUUUCAAAUAAUUAGUGAUGUACAUUACUUUAGAGUUUUUUUAGCUUUAUGAUUUUGUUCAGUAACAUCUUGAUAAAACAGGGAAAUUUGCCACUUCCAUACCUUAUAUCUGUCCUUGAUAUUUACGAGCUUGUUCUUUCAAAGUUGCCUAACUACAGUAAUAGUGCAACCAGCAAAGUGAUACAAGAAAUCUUACUUAGUCUUGGUGAUCUAUAUGUUCAAGCGCAGGAAAUGUUUGACAGCUUCAUGUAUUUAAAGCUGCUAAAAGUUCUAGAUGUGGGGAUCAAACAAACCAAGAUUGCAAAUAGAAACUUUGAAGCUGAUUAUGGCCAUCUUCCACCUUUGCAGCGCACUAUACUUGAGAUUCUACCAAUCGUAUGUCCAGCUAAUCAUAUUGCUACAAUGUGGCCCCCUUUCCUUGGGAAACUAAUGGAGUAUCUUCCAGGAUGUGAUUCUUCCAUUGGCGAAAUUGAUGAUGGAGAUCAAGGAAACACUGCCCGUAGUGUUGAUGUUCCUUGUAGAAUUGCUUCAAAUUCUCCAAAGAAAUCAGAAAAUUUAUCACCUGCAGGGCCAUGUGUCCCAACACAUAUGUUCUCCGAGAAACUUAUUCCUGUACUAGCAGAUCUUUGCGUGCAAGCUCCAGCUGCAGUGAAGUAUGACAUUUUCCCUGACAUUAUUCAUGUUUUAGGAAGGUUCUUUCUUGCUCAUUUGAUUAAGGCGGGGCUUUGGUUUAAGCACAACAAAACUACAGAAAAAGGGAUUAUUGAUUUGGUUCUUUCUGAUAGCAAGACCAUAGGUGAGACUAUUUCUAACAAGGAGGAGGCAGAUGCUCAACUGGAUGUGGGCAGAACUGUUGGCGAUGACCUAAUGGCCCUCUCUGAAACUAAACAGCCAUGUUUAAUAGCACAAUCAAAAGGUGUAAAUCCUAUUUGUGUCCUAGCUGCUAGUUCUUCAAUUCAGGACAUGGCUGCUAAACUACCACCUGCCUCUUUUCAAAAGGAAGCAACCACCAGUGCUGCAAGUCUACAUGCUGAGGAUCUGCCUUCACCUUUCAGGGCUUCGACUUCGAGGACAAUUGAAACAGAUCAGUGCAUAACCAGUGCAGCAAAAGACAAAGGUUUUGAACACCAAACUGGAAUUGCAGAGACCCCUAGUGUACAUCCUCACACAAUUCCUAGUUGCAGUCCCCCAGUGACAAAUGAUCCAGCAGAUAGCUCAGGCUCAGGAUCUAUUGACACUCUGGUUCAAUAUACUACUGGUGCAUAUCGCUCUGCUUGUGACCAACAACCUAAGUCAAGUGUAUUAAGGCUACCUAUUAAGUCAAAGCCUCUUGGAGUCCUCAAUGUUCAGGCUCUUCCUUUCCGACCAGCUUUUCAAGGUUUAUACCAACCUAAACCCAUUGAUCAGAGCAAUCAUGAUGGAUCAAAUUUACAGAAGGGUAAUGGUAUCCAAGUAACAAAUUUCCUGUUCAAUGCUGGGUUCUUCUUCAAUGCUGUACUUUCCUCCUUUGUAUGACACUUAAUGCCUAGAAUCCUGGGGAUUGUCCACUGCCUGCAGCAAGACUAGAAGAAGUUCUUUUUGUUCUCCAGGAGCUGGCUUGUCUUGUUCUUCAAUCAGAUAGUGCAUCAUUUCUUCCUUUACACCCAAAAUUAAAGAGUGGCCUUGUACAGGAGAAUCGUGCAAACCAUUUGCAUUUGAUCGUUCUUUUCCCUUCCUUUAGUGAACUAGUCAUAUCAAGGUAUGCCUAUUACUUCACAAAUACAUAAUUCAUUUAUGGAUUGUGAAUAGUUCACAGUCCAGUCAAAGGGUAUCCAUGGAUGCUUGACUUAAAUGA